AUGUCACCUCUUUCUCUCCUGCUGCCUCGUGCGCAAGAUUGCACCAACAUAUCCGCCGACUGCCCAGUCUCGCAAUCAUUCUAUGGCUACUCGCCGUCCCUCGGCCCAGACAUCACAUUGCUCGUUCUUUUCAGUAUGGCACUGGUAGGACAUGGGGUACAGGGAUGGUACUAUCGCGCUUGGGGAACGUUGACUGCGAUGUUGUGGGGAUGUAUCUGCGAGGUGUUGGGAUACAUCGGUAGAUUGAUGAUGCAUCCGAAUGCUUUCAAUUUGAACGGGUUCCUGAUCCAGAUCUGCUGCCUCACGAUUGCUCCGGCUUUCUUCUCUGCGGCGAUCUACCUUUGCUUGUCACGGCUCGUUCUGCUCUUCGGUACGGAAGUAUCUCGGCUGCCGCCCAAGUACUACGCCUACAUUUUCAUCAGCUGCGACAUUGUUUCUCUUGCGCUCCAGGGUGCUGGUGGUGGACUUGCAUCCGUUGCCGCACAAAAUGAUACCAGUCUCACCGUCGGAGAUAACUUCCAGCUUGCAGGAUUGGCGUUUCAAGUGGCUAGCUUGACCCUCUUUGCUGUUCUUUCCGCGGAAUACGCAUUCCGUGUCUAUCGAAGCCCACAAGCUUCUGCGAGAGCCCCUGGUAUCUUCCGACACAACAAGGGCUUGAUUUACUUCCUUGUUGCAUUGGCAACUUCCUGGCUGUUCAUCGAGAUUCGAUGCAUUUACCGCGUCAUUGAGCUGGCCGGCGGUUGGGGCAGCUCGCUGAUGAAGAAGCAGACAGAUUUUGUGGUUCUGGAGGGAGCAAUGAUCAUCAUCGCCGUGGGUGUAUUGAAUGCUUUCUACCCAGGGAAAUAUCUGAACAGGGCUGUGGAUCCCGAAAGGUUGGAUGAGAAGAAGGCAUCGGAUACUGAGUUGGCGACGCCAACGAUGUCGGCGACUGUGUUCUGA